AUGAGCCUGGAGGCGGCAGAUAGCAAAGCUUCAUGGAUGACGACAGGGGCACCCAGGGGAUGCAGCUGGAAGAAACCACAUCUGGAACAGCCGAAACGUCUGGUCUACAAAAAGGUACAUGCGAAAGGAAAGAGAGUGAGAGAGAAGCUGUGUUGGCAAAGGUCUGGAGGUGGGUUAAGUAUGGGCUGACGUGGUUGUAAGGAAGGCAGAGAUGGAGGGAGACAGAAUUGAGCAACAGGUGCAGUUCUUCAGGAUAUUCACUGCAAUCCCCACUGAAAUUAACAGUUGAGAAAGAGCGAGGCUGUGAUCUUGUGCAUCUCCCAUUUACUUCAGGGGGGAUUACUUGGGGAAACUUCCCACCCAACUGCGUACCCAUGUUAAUUAGUGAGAGGGGAUUUGGGAUAUGAUAUACAGUGAAAUGAAAAAAGAAUUCAAAUAUACAUUCCCAAAGAAAUGAGAGGCUUUUUUAUUAGGGAUAAUAGGAGAUGAAUUGAGAAAAGAAGACUGCAAAUUAUUCUUGUAUGCCACGACUGCCGCAAGGAUUCUUGUGGCCCAAAAGUGGAAAUCCCAAGAGUUACCAGCCCUAAUGGAGUGGCAGACGAAAUUAUUCGAGUAUACUGAAUUGGCAAAAAUGAGUUAUAAAAUUUGAGACCAAAAAGUGGCAAAGUUUGAAGAGGAGUGGAGUAAAUUUGUUGUGUAUAUACGAAAUAACUGUAGAAGUUUAAAAACUGCAGCAGGGCUAACAUAAAUCUUGUGAUGUAUAUAGAAUGUAAUUAAGAAUCUGCAGGAAUGGAUGUAAAUUGGGAAAACCGAAGCAGGGAAGGAGGGAAGUCUGGGCGCGAAAUUGCGCAGGGUAAAUAAGAAGAUAGAAAAGGUUGAAUGUUAAAGUUUAACUUUAAUUUUGUUUUGUUUUUGAAAAUCAAUAAAAAAAGUAAUAAAAAAUUAGUGAGAGGGGAUAUCAUUUGGAUUUUCUGAUUCAGGCACUUCAGUGUUUUGGGCCAGCUUUGGUCAACUGCUCCCCCUGUUCCCCAGCUCUUCUCUUCUGCCUUUUGUCCUUGCCCAGUCAAUUCCUCUAGUGAUGCAGAAAUUCUUCAUCUGCAGAUCAUCAAACCGCUAAUGGAGAAGAAGCGAAGGAAUCGAAUUGCCCAGUCUUUCAACCAACUGAAGGCUCUCUUACUAGAUGGCACCAGCCCAGGUAACAAGGUAAGGAGCCAAACCAUAGUAACACAUCCCACUGGGGAUGAGUGGGCAUCCACCAUCAAGCUUCUGUAUGUAUCUAACAUGAUAAGCUUCAACUUUUUACUUUAUUAUUAUUUAUUAAAUUUGUAUGCCGCUCUAUACCCGCAUGUCUCAGGGCUAUUGCAACAUAAAAUUAGAAUCUAAAAACACAAAAUUCGUAAUCAAACAAAACAACCCAAUAACCCUCCUCCCCAACACAUUUUAAAAGGGCAUCGGAUGUCAAACAGCCAAAAGUCUGGCUAAAGAGGAACGUUUUUGCCUGGAGCCUAAAGGUGUAUAAUGAAGGUGCCUGGCAAACCUCCCUGGGGAGAGCAUUUCGUAAACAGGGAGCCACUGCAGAAAAGGCCUGUUCAUGUGUUGCCACCCACAGGACCUCUCAUGGAGGAGGCACACGUUGAAGGGCCUCAGAAGGCGAUCUCAGGGUCAGGGUAGGUUCAUAUGGGGAGAGGCAGUCCUUGAAGUAUUGCAGUCCUGAGCUGUUUAAGGCUUUAUAGGUCAAAACCAGUACAGUGGUACCUUGGUACUCAAACUUAAUCUGUUCCAGAAGUCCGUUCCAAAACCAAAGCAUUCCAAAACCAAGGCAUGCUUCGCCAUAGAAAGUAAUGCAAAAUGGAUUAAUCCAUUCCAGACUUUUAAAAACAACCCCGAAAAUAGCAAUUUAACAUGAAUUUUACUAACGAGGCCAUUGAUCCAUAAAAUGAAAGCAAUAAUCAAUGUAUUGUACUAUAAAAUAAGACAGUAUUGUAGAUGAUAAAAAUUUAAAUUAAUUGUUUUUCUUACCUGCACUGUCAUUGUCUGGAUGGGGGGCUUUUAUCCAUUUCUGCAGUCACACAAUCAAUCAGCAGCUGAACUGGGUUCCACACAGUCCCAAAAACAAAUGAACCGAAAAAGCCUCAAAAAACAAAAAGGCAAAAUAAAUAGCAAAAACAAAAGUGCCAAACUUAAUCUGUCAAACGGACUUCCGGAAUGUUUGAAAACCAAGGCGCAGCUCCUGAUUGGGGCAGGCGCCCCAGAAACAAUAGCCGACAGCCACAUCGGAGUUUCGGCUUCCGAAAAACGUUUGGAAACCAGAAGACUUACUUCUGGGUUUUCGGUGUUUGGGAACCAAGGCGUUUGAGAACCAAGGCAUUUGAGAACCAAGAAAUCACUGUACUUUAAAUUGGGCCCAGAAACUAAUUGGUAGCCAGUGCAGUCGGACCAGGAUCGGUGUAAUAUGCUCAAACCAUCUUGCUCCGGUGAGCAACCUGGCCGCUGAAUUCCGCUGAGUUUCCGAACUGUCUUCAGUGGCAGAAUAAACUUGUUUCUUAUAUUCUCUCCCUCUUUCUCUCAGGAUCCCUGAGAAGUAUAGUUGUGUAAGCCGAGCUUAAGGAUGUAAGGGAGAAUUCUUAGCCCUUUCAUCAAACUGCAAAGUAUUCUUUUAGGGGAGCCAGGAGAGUUAAAUUGGUACGGCACUGAAAUAGGUUUGUGGUGCAGAUAUAGGUUCCUCCUAUUCCUUCCUGCCAGGCAACACCUACACAAAAGGAUCUUAAAAAAAAUUUUGUAUUCUGAAGACAACCAAUCCCACUGGGUAACAUGCUGGAUAUCAGUGGAGCGAAAUGCAAAACCCAAAGGCUCACAAUUUGAAGCUUGGACUGUAGGACACUCUUUCCCAGCAUUCAAAUGACAGUUUGGGAGAAAAGUUCCAGUAACAGAAAAUGCAAUAUGAGUUGCAGGAAGAUAGUCUUGUUUCAUUCCCUUUUGAGACACCACACUAGAAAACUUACCAUAUUUUUUGCUCUAUAAGACUCACUUUUUCCCUCCUAAAAAGUAAGGGGAAAUGUGUGUGUGUCUUAUGGAGCGAAUGCAGGCUGCGCAGCUAUCCCAGAAGCCAGAACAGCAAGAGGGAUUGCUGCUUUCACUGCACAGCGAUCCCUCUUGCUGUUCUGGCUUCUGAGAUUCAGAAUAUUUUUUUUCUUGUUUUCCUCCUCCAAAAACUAGGUGCGUCUUGUGGUCUGGUGCAUCGUAUAGAGCGAAAAAUACGGUGCAUUGAACUACCUUCAAAAAACCUUCAGAGCUGUAGUUUCAUGGAGUGUGCUGAGAAUGUUUUAAAUCACAUAUCCCUGCCUUCUUAUUAGGAAUUACCAUUCCCAUGAUGCUUCCGUAGGGGACUGUGAAAUUUAAAGUGAUUUCAAUCUGUGAUGCAGAUGUCCCUCCAAGUUCACUGAAUAAUAGUUUCUUCGAAUUACCAGCUCUCUUUGUUCAGUUGAGAGUAGUUCCUGUCCAUGCCAAAUCCUCUUCUUUCUCCUCUUGCAAUGCCAACUUCUGCCUGGUUCCAAGCCAGUCUCCAGUUAUCCUCUUUUUUUCCCCUCCCAAAAGCCUCUUCCUAAUUCUCGCAUGGACAAGGCAGCUCUUCUAGAAAUGGCUGUGCAGCGGAUUCAAACAUUGCAGCUAGCAGGUGAGUUAUAGGUGGGAAUGGCUUAUUGCAAUGUACCAUAGUGAAGAUGGGUAACAAGGAGCGAGUUGGGUGUGAUGGUUAGGGUGGAGACCAGGAGUGGAUCUACACACAAGAAAAAAACGCUAUAAAUAAGUCAGAAAUUAAAUAGUGAUAACAAAAGGAAAAAAAGAUUUUUUUUUGCUCCCCACCACCAUCUGGUAUUGCAUGUUUGUAACACAUUCAAAACACUUUUUUCUACUAAUGUAGCUGAGUCCCAGUGUUCAAAUCCCCGCUCAGAUAUGCAGCUCACUGGGUGACCUUGGGCCAGUCGCCAUCUCUCAGCCUAACCUACCUCAUAGGAUUAUUGUGAGGAUAAAAUGGAGAGAGGGAGAGUCAUGAAGGCCACUUUGAGUUCAUUGGAAGAAAGGUGGAAUAGAAAUGCCAUAAUUAUAAUUAUAACAAUAAUAACAAAUGAAGUGCCUCAGAGAGUCGCUUAAGUUACAUGCACAGAAUGGAUUGAGUUCACUAGGCACAUACUACAAAAUUUUAUCUGGAUUGCAGGUGGGCCUGCCAGGAGGUAAAUGGAGCAGGAUUCAGCUCCUAGAUCAUUACAGCUUAUAAUCACAAUUGUGUGAAUUUUGCUUAAAAGAAUUAAAAGUCUGUAGCCAAGCAAGCUGAAUUCUGCAGCCUGUAUAAAUGAUGUGAAUGGGCAAAUCUGCAUAAUUUCUCUCAUUCGGCUCUGUUAAGCUAUGCAAGACCAAUUGAAAUCUUCAGUCAUCCUCUCUGGUUUCUGAUACUUCCGCUGGCAUUGCCCACAUACUUUCAUUCAGACUUUCAUCCGUAAGGUCAAGAAGUUGAUGCAAACCAAGACCCAAGGGUGUGUACCCAAAAGCAAGAUCAGAAGGGACUGGACAGAGGAGGAAUGGCGGAGACUGCCUCCCCAGCCCGAACCUUUCAGAUAAGAGGAAGGCAGUAUAGAUUUACAAGAGUGGUUUGCGGGAGGUCAUAGCUCAGAGGCAGAAGAGGGGAGAAGCUGGGAAAUAAUGGGAGAAGAGGAGGAGAAGGCAGAGCCAAAGCAGCUGGCUGACAUGUUAUCACUAGAAAGCAUUCCAGACCCCCCUUCUCCCAGAACCCGGUGAGCAUUGAAAGUAGGAGAGCAAAGGGCUCAGAGGCAAAUAACUCUAAGUGGCCACCAUCAGGUGGGUGGUGCUGUUGACAACUAAGGAGAGAAGGGGGGUGGAGAUUACUCGGAGUUAUGCCAUUACUCCAAGAGGCUGCAUUUCUAAGCCACUCUCUGUGAAUGUUGAAUAAAAUACAUUGUCAAUAACUCUCCUUCUCUGUCUAUUCCUGGCAGCCUACCGUAGGGGGAUCAGAUUCCCUGAUGCCUGACAGAAGGGCUUUUUCUCCUUCACUUUUACACUGUGAAUCACUGACAUACUCACCUCCCAACUGAUUGCUGAUUUAAUGAUCAGUUUUGCCCCAUCUCUAUACCUUAGGCAGGCUGUCUGCUGUUUUCAUUGUUUAAGGUGUCACUUGUAUCCAUUUAAAAUUGAGUUGGGGGUUAAGCAAAAACAUGGAGGAUAAGGCUGUCAAUGACUAGUCAUGAUGGCUCUGUAUGCACUACCUCCUGAACCAGAGGCACUUGCCUCCGAAUACCAGCUGUUGAGGGUCAUGAGCAAGAGUGUGAAAACAGACCAGUGGUGUAGCAUGGGUUGCCAGCACCAGGGGCUGUGUGGAGUAGGGUGGGUGGAAGGCAGGGAAACGGACGGGGUACGCAUGCAUAUCCAACUGCCUAACGCUAACCGCGUCACCCAGGAGGUCGCAGCCGCAGAGAUAAGAAAAGAUGAGAUGUUCCAUUGUCUUCCUGGUUCGCAUGGAGGAUACGUUUUUAAUGGAGCCUAGCGAUGGGAGUGCGCAGCUGCGUUGAAGCAGCACUAGGUGUUGAAAUUUUGCACCCCCUAACGAUUUUGCACCUAGGGCAACGGCCCUUGAGCCCCCCCCCCCAACAGAGAAGGGCUUUGCGUCUCAUCCAACAAGGCUCUUUUAUGUUAGAAGAAAUCACACAGCUUAUACCCCAGGCCCCUUUCUCCUCAUGACAUGCAGAUGCAUACAUUUGAUGGAUGCUUGACUUGCCUCUCUCCUUUCAUCUCUCCUUUGUAUGUUCUUUUUCUCUCCACAGUGGCAGAGGACAAGGGCUUUCAUACAGGAUACUCCUACUGUGCCUCUCUUGUCCAAGCCUUCCUCAUUUCAGAGACACAGCGGUAUCUGAAUGCUCCCAGUCAGUCAAACUCUUCAUCCAGACACCCCUCUGGGACUUCACUGGCAAUUUCUCCACCAGCUUCUAAGCUAGGAAAGGUCUCCAGCUGGAGUGAAAAGUGCCUGGCUUCGCCUGGCUUUAGACGUUUUGAAAGGUCUGUCCCUUCUGGGAUCCUGAACAGAACAGGGUCCCAGGUAUUCUGGAGACCCUGGUCUACUUGA